GCUGAACACUGUCGCACGUGCUCUCGUACGCUGAACUCGUACGUUGUACUCGUCUCGGACAGGUCGCGUUCUUGGACGGGUUGUCAACACCCUUGCGGUGUAUACAGGGUGUAAUAAUUGUUUUUCGAUUGCGAUUAUUUGAAUCUGGGAACGAUUGUGCCGCGAACGAUUGCCGCUUAAUUUUCUUUCUCGUCUAACAAUCGUUGACGUAAAUUUGCCGAGAAAAAUAUCAAUAAGCUGAGUAAUAAUAAAUUGGAUUAAAAUAACGGGGUCUAUGUGCAAUUCAAGCUGUCGCAGGUGCGAGCAGCGGUGGACCGCGAAAGUUGUCAUCUCUGUGCGGAAAGAGGAGCACCCUAUGAACCCCCCCGACGGUGAGACUGCAGAGGAGGGCACUGCCCUCGACACGGCAUUUCAUGAACGUUGACCCCGCGCUUAAAUUCAAUUUAUUUAUAUGUAUAUACAUGCGUAAGUUAUACGCGCAUCGCUUUGUAGGUAUGAAACUAGUUUUGUGUAACGAGUGUGCAUGUAAUAACCGGACUAGCUUGUAGAUCAGCAGCGUCGCGUGACGUGUUUACGGGCUACGGUAAUAAUAAUAUUAAAUAAAGUAAUAACAACGAAAGCAUAAGCAACAAAAACGACAAAAUUAAUAAUAGUUAUUCAAUAUUAACGCUCGAGUGUUUGUGCGACGAGCGCGUGUUCAACUACACGUGCAUUGUGAUAACAACCCGUCCGUUGUACAUUGUGUGUGAAAAUAUCGAGGAACACAAAGAAAACGGACCUCGUCAUUGCCGCCGCAGUAUUGUUGCGAAGAUGAGGGGGGCUAAAAAGGAAACUGCACCGACCAGCGGUAUCGGCAUUAAAAUCGGCGACGAGGAUGUUCCAAAGAAAGGAGACUAUCACCUGAUUCCCGUGAAAUCUCCGACCGAUGAGAAUCGUCGUCCGAAGGCGAACGGGACUGCGAUUCGCGCGAAUGGCAAAGUAAAAUCUGCGCCUGCGGAGGGAGAACUGGUGCCACCGGAUGGAGGAUGGGGAUGGCUGGUGCUCCUCGCUUCCGUCACCGUCAAUGUUUUAAUCCCGGGUACAAUAAAAUCGUUCGGUGUGCUUUUCGUCGAGUUCCUUGAAGUCUUCAACGACUCUUCACCAGCUGCUGCGGCAUGGAUUCCGGCUCUCUGUUAUUUCCUCUACAGUUCUCUCGGACCACUGUCCAGCGUCUUGUCUGUGAGAUAUUCGUACAGGACAGUCACACUUAUCGGUGGAACAUUCGCUGCAGCUGGAAUGAUGCUGAGUUACUUUGCAAGUUCGGUCGGAUAUCUUUGCGUGAGCUACGGAGUCCUCGUGGGAAUUGGUGCAGGUUUGGCUUUCCCGCCAACGGUCUACAUAGUCACAUCGUACUUUCUGAGAUUACGGGGACUUGCUAACGGUCUAUGUAUUUCUGGGAGCGCCCUUGGAUCAAUAUUCUUACCACCUGUGCUCCAAAUACUUUUGGGAGAGUACGGUUACAGGGGUGCCGUGCUGAUAAUGGGCGCUCUGACUCUGAACGUCUGGGCCUGUGCGCUUCUUUACGACCCGGUUGAGAAGCACUUGGUACCAGCGAAACGUCCAGAGGACACGGAGGAUCCGGAAGAGGCGGAUAGAAUAUCGAUAAACGUGACGACGCCGGAGGAGGAGAAGAACCCGACGAGUCUGCUGAUAGUUCCGCAAUCGAACGGACGGGAUCCGACGGUGCCGAAGAGCGCUUCGAGCGUGGCCUUGGAAAACUAUCGGAACACCCCGGUUCAGGGUAGAACACGAAAGGUGAGCAUGCCAGUCGGGAAGGACGUUGCUGCCGGGCAAAUGCACAGCACACCGGCACUGCACGUCGUUCCUGAGCGGGGUGACUUCGAGAGUUGUAAAUUGAGGAGUAGGCGAGCACCUCCAAGGUCACCGAGCGCUUCGUCCUUCAACUACAUAAGCACGCCGUAUCACGGCAGCACGCUGUCGGCCCUCCACCCCGAGCACGCCUCGACCUUGACGCUGAACGCGAUAUCGAGCACCUUCAGAAAGUCACCGGAAAAGAAACCGGGGGAAUUGGAUGAGAAACAGGAGUCGAAGAACAAGUUCUUCGACGUCAGUCUGUUGAAGGAUCCCAUUUAUCUGGUAAUUCUCAUAUCGAACUCGACCAACGCCGUCAGCUAUACCAACUUCGUUAUACUUCUUCCCGCCUACGCGAUAAAGCUCGGUUUCGACAAGAGCAUGUCGUCUCUGCUUCUGUCCAUCGUAUCGAUCCUCGAUCUAACGGGGCGAAUCGGCGGAUCCGCCAUGUCCGACAUCAAGAUAAUGCCGAAGCAUUGGUACUUCGUUGGCGGUCUUCUAAUUUCCGGAAUAUCACUAGCUCUUCUGCCCUUCGCCACCACCUACACAAUGCUGGCUGUUUACUGCGCGAUUUUCGGCCUCUCCUCGGGAAUUUACGUCGGUAUUACAGCCGUUAUAAUGGCAGACAUGUUGGGGAUGGAAAAGCUCACAUCGUCUUACGGGAUAUCACUUUUUGUUAACGGUAUCAUACAGCUGGUUGGACCACCGAUAUGCGGAUUGGUCUUCCAAGAGAUCGGGAGCUAUGGUCCGAUUUUUACCAUCUUGGGCCUCGUACUCGUUGCUGGUUCAUCGCUUUGGGGAUUCGUACCCUUUAUUUACAGAAAGCAAGCGAGAGAUCUAGCUAACGAGCAAGCUGCCGCACAAAAAUUAUAGCACCAAUACCCUAAAUCGCGCACAUUCUUGAUCCUAGAUCGUAUUCUCGAGGCGGUAACGUUCGGGGAUAAAUAUUUAAUCUUCAGUUUCACAUGAUACAUAUUACCGUAUAUUAUAUGUAAACAUUUUUUCUCAAUUAUACCAUAUAUUAUAAUGGUGGUACGAAAGUUACGCAAGUGAUAUGAUAAGAGUGAGUUUGCAAACUCUGUGAUUUAGUGCGACCUACUAUAUGUAUAUCAUCUAUUACAUCUUUAACAAUUAUCCUUAUCAUCGUAUGACUACAAUCGCACUGUCAGUAGUGGACUAAAAUUAUAUUUUAUAUGUCAAUUUCUAAGACAACUUCAGCACGCAUUAAACGCGAUUGUCAUCGGAUCAUUCAAGUAGAUUAAUUAAAUCGCUACCAUAAUAUACAUAUACAUUAUAUAUGUAUCGCGUAUAAAAUGUCUGACACUUAUAUCGCCAAAUCAUAAUUGCCUCUAUAAUAUAAUGUCAUGUGGACGCCAAAUCAUUAAACAAAUCAUAUUACAAUAGGUAUAUUAGUUGUAAUAAGCAGUGUUCAUUUUGGAUAUAGUAUACACGUGGCUAAUCUCACUUGCAAUAAGUUUAGUCAUGCUUAAACUUGUGCGAUCCUGAUUUUAUUAUUAUACUUUCUCUUACCUUCUAUAUUCACUGUAAGUAAUCGCAUCUCACAAUUAAUCAAACAUCUAAUUAUACAGCACAGUACGAAAGUAUAAUGUUGCGAGAAAAUAUCGGUAAUUUUAAUUACCACUUUUCCGCGAACUAUAUAAUUCAUGUAUAUAUUUAAAAAUUCAGUAUAGGUAUUACAAAUUACAUAUACAUACAUAUACGGUGCCUGUAAAUUACUUAUAAUAAUGAUAAACUCCACUGAAGUUUUUAUAUAGAAAGUAUUAUAUACAUUUAAGAAACGUAUUUAGAAUACGUUGAAUAGGUGUCAAUACAUGUGUAUACCAUCGUGUAGGUAUAAGGGGUAUAACGAUGAUGUUUAUGUAUAAUGUAUAUACAUACGAGAGAUGUAUUCUCUAUAUUUCGAUCUCUGCAAAAAGGCAUAGACAGUCUAUGAUUUGAGAUUCAAUAAAUUUCAAUGACAUUCUGUCAUAACUUCGAUAGGGAGUAUUCACUAUAAUGACUAUUUAAUUACAAUUUUUAUAAUAAAACUAAUUUUCUAAAAAGCCAAAUACUUCGUACACUUACAUAAUCGAGAUGUUACAGCACGAAUUAUGUUAUAUGUUUAGGUGAUGAUCAGCGCUGGUAUAAUUAUCAGUCAGUUUAAGUGUAGUAUAUGUAUGGAUGUAUAAUGGAUGGGGGUGUGUAUGUAUAAUUCAGCACGUUCGUAUCUUUAUUAUUAUUCUUCGCAUGCCAAGGUAUCAAAUAUUAACAACAAUACCUACUCAAAUUUUUGUAGAUUAAUCAAAUUUGAGCAAAACGAUGAAAAUAAUAUUCGACGAAUUGCCAUACAGGCUUUGUAUUUACUAUUGCCGUUCUCACUUGUAUAAAAACAAAACUUGUGACUGUAGGUAAAAAAACAAAAAACAAAAGCAACAGUUUCGAGAGACCGCCUUUCGUCUAAUGAUAAUAAUAAUAAUGAACAAAGAUUACGGAUUGUAAUUUAGUACAGAAUUGUAUUUCUUUGAUUUUACUGAAAUGUGUUGGCUUGAAUAGUACGUUCACAGACCCGAACAUAAUUCUGGCUGUUCCUAUAAACAGUUUGUGUUUGCUUGCAAAUAUAGUAAGAGAUGAUGACUACACGGGAAGUUUUUGAAAUAUAUAUUUACUGUUAUGUUUAAUUUCAUGCAGCUACGUUUGACUAAAUUUCAAUUGAAUACUAGAUUGCACUUCUAAAUAAUGUACUUCCAUUUAGUCUAGAGAAAAUAAUUGUUAUCGAAUCAUACGUACGAGAAUGUUAGAAGUUAAAUCCUCUGAAAUGUUGCGAAUGAUAGGAUUGACCCGUGUGCAGAAGACCUACGUACAAGUACUUGGUCACAUAAUUGUUGUUCUGAAAUAUUUUACAGAUUUUGUCGGUGAAAUUUCAUAAUAUCUUUUUUCAAAUCAAUAGAAAUCAAAUGAUAUCUACCAGAGGUUCAAAGAUGCUGACCGAUGUUUGUCAUUGUUUGCCUUACAGAAAUAGAAUAAAUUAUUCAUAUUCUUGUAGUACUUUUGGUCCUUGACAUAGAACUUAUUUGAAAAUUGUUCAAACUCUACAAACAAAUACCUAUGUACAUUCUUAAACGUGGGGAAAUCAAAGUACACGAGUCAGUUGGCUGGGUACAUAAAUACAUCAUUUAAUUGUCAUAUAUUCACUUUUUAAAGAUAGUGUUAACAUUUCAGUACGUCAAUGAGAAUUUACAAUGUUAUCAUGAGAAGAAAACAGCUAAUAGUUAUUUUGUAACAAACAAGACAAAAGUAGAUUUGAUAUUGCCGCAAUUUUGAAAUCACACAGCAUGUAGUAAAUUUGAAAAUGAAUCCAAAAUGAACUUUCUGGAUUAGACACACAUUUGCAUCGUCAAAAUUAUAAUAAACUGGCUACAUAUUUCAACAAAUAAAUAUUAUAGUUUUUAUCGGUGUUUAUGCAUGUCUUUCAGAUUUUUAUUGCGAACUUUUAAUUCAUAGUAUGAUAGACAAACAUUGAAAAUGCGUGAUUAUACUGCAUCGUACUUACAAUAAUCAUGCGUUUUUUUCUGUCCAUUAUCAACUCAUGAGUAAGAGUUCAACAAUUUGCGUUUAUUUUGAUUACUUUCAAAUUCAUUGGUGAUUAUAGAUGAUUUUAACGGUACAAAACUUUGUCAGCAUAUUUUUACUUGGUCCGUAACUUUUUCAGUAUUGAAAGAGAAGGACAUUUUGUAAGUCAUAUUUAAUAGUUUACAGUCUACCAGGAAAAUUAAUUACAUUAAUUAUGUAACUGCUCAUAUAUAGUAUAAGGCUGAACAGCCCAAUGCAAGAUACGAAUACCGAAAAAAAUACCAAUUCUAGAUCGUCGUAUACUGCUCCCAGCGUCACAUCGCUGUAUUUCCAUUGAAAGUUAGCGCAUUUAAAAAAUGCCACGUAUAUUUCCUAUAACAGAAAUGAAAUGACGGUAACAUAAACACCAGUGCUUUGAUUUAUUAAGACAUGAACAGGUAAAUUCUAUCACAAGUAACGUAACAAAAAACAGAUAUUUCAUAAAAUUUCUGAAUUCGUUAGCAAAUAUAGUUGUCCGUAAAAACUUGACAAUACCAAACACGCACCUCAUGGUUUCCAUGCAACCAUACUCAUUUUGCUAUUCAACUCUUGUAGAAUGAGGGAACAAGUGAGCUGCUUAUCAGGUGAAAGUGCACUGACACCUUCUGGUUCAUCGUCAUCAUCUCCUGCUCCGCUGCUUCCACCUCCUUUACCCUUGCCUUUACCCCGUUUCUUCUUUUUUUUAUUGAGCUGCCUACAGUCUAUAUCGUUUCCCAAUUCCGCGGCGCGCUUAAUCUGGUAUUCGAAAGAUACAAAUGAUUAGAUACAGAUCAUUUCGUCACAUCACCUUUAGGUGUGAUAACAAGAAAAUAAAUUCGCUGCAAUAAAAAUAUAAAAAGUACUUCGUAGUCCUCAGUUAAAUAGAAUGACGGUAAAUUUUGGAUAAAAUGAUAUCAAGAGUAAGCCUGGAAAGUAUGCAAGUUCUUUAUUUCAAUAUAUUCUAAUUGAAUUUCAGGUGACUUAUCUAUUAAAUGUUUUGUAACUUUCACACAAAAGUUCAGUAUAGAGAAAGUCAAAUACCUUAGCACUUUUCCUCGUUUGCUUAUCGUAUUCCAAAGCGUCGUAGUAAUUAGGUUUCUCGCGCUUAACGCGAUUUGUUCGUCUAGUUUUCAUUACCCCUCCUUCAGGGCUUGGAGGACUCUUAAUCGAGUUCCGA